CGCAUCUGCAAUCAGAACGUGGUGUUAACCCUGGUCCUACCUUGUCUCACAACAUGACCUUAUACACAAAAGAUGCGCUUAUUGCGCUCCAACAAGCUCAGAACGACACAAACGUAGCUAGAGAAGCAAUAAAGAGCGCAAAGCGAAAUGCUGAAGAGCUAGAUUUGAAACUUCAAAAACUCAGGCAAGAACAUGAUGAUUGCGAGACAGAAUUAAUGGCCGCUCGAGCGUGCGCGUACCUAGAACACCGCACGUACACCUGCUGACUGAAGGUAGAGCUGAGGAAAAUGCAUACACAAAGUAUGCGCAGACGAUUUCGAAGAACUUCACAAUUGCAUUCCUGCAUGCUCUGCCCAGAGA